ACCCAAGGCAAACCGGUAACACACCGAUACUCGAUCAGACGUCAACGGCCGCAAGCGAACUCGACUGGAAUAAAAGACACAUUUUUUGACGAGGCGAGGGUUAUCAAGCUAUAAACUUCAAAUCUGAGCGUAUGUCUUUAAAAUAUAAGAGCUUGUCAUUUUAAAAGACAUACCGCGACCGCUUCGAGGCUCCUGGCAAACUCUGUUUCGCGAUGGCUGUUAGAAAUAUUUUCUUCGGUGUCUUUUGGCUUGUCAGCUGGUAGCAAUUACGGCUCUACGGCAUACGGUGGGAGCCACGGCUGAGGGUCGGUGACUUUUGCUUGAGUGAUUCGCUACGGGUUGUGUGGAGUUCAGAACCUCCGAGCGGCCCGCUUCAACACCCGCGGUAGGAGCCGGUGUGUGUCGGUCGUUCGGUUUACGGUAGACAUUCAGCGGCUUUACACGGACACCGCUCAUCUGGUAUUUGAUCCCCUGAAGCCGGCUAGAAUCCGGACAGAGACCUCAUGAAUGGAAAUCGGAACUACAGGAGCCGUUGGGGCUGCGCCCCAGUUCUCCGUACCUCGGAGGCCUGGCUAUGGCACCAUGGGGAAGCCCAUCAAGCUGCUGGCCAACUGCUUUCAGGUGGACAUCCCCAAGAUGGAUGUCUACUUGUACGAUGUGGACAUCAAGCCAGAAAAGUGCCCACGCCGUGUUAACAGGGAAGUGGUGGAUUCUAUGGUGCAGCACUUUAAGGUGACAAUCUUUGGGGACAGAAGACCAGUUUAUGAUGGCAAGAAGAGCCUUUACACCGCUCAGCCUUUACCAGUGGCCUCAGCGGGGGUGGACCUAGACGUGACCUUGCCAGGUGAAGGUGGGAAGGACAGGAUUUUCAAGGUCACCAUUAAAUUUGUGUCGCUGGUCAGUUGGCACAUGCUGCAUGAGGUCCUCACUGGACGGAGCACGCCUGAUCCUUUGGAGCUCGAUAAGCCAAUCAGCACCAAUCCUGUACAUGCCGUAGAUGUUGUCCUGCGCCAUCUGCCAUCUAUGAGGUAUACCCCAGUGGGACGGUCGUUUUUCUCCUCCCCCGAGGGCUAUGAUCAUCCACUGGGUGGGGGGAGGGAGGUGUGGUUUGGCUUCCACCAAUCAGUGCGACCGGCUAUGUGGAAGAUGAUGCUAAACAUUGACGUGUCUGCCACUGCUUUCUACAAAGCUCAGCCUGUGAUUCAGUUCAUGUGUGAGGUGCUGGAUAUCCACAACAUCGAUGAGCAGCCUCGUCCUCUCACUGAUUCUCACAGAGUCAAAUUCACCAAAGAGAUCAAAGGUCUAAAGGUUGAGGUCACCCACUGUGGCACCAUGAGGAGGAAGUACAGGGUGUGUAAUGUUACUCGCCGACCUGCUAGCCAUCAGACGUUUCCUCUACAGCUGGAAAAUGGACAGACUGUGGAGAGAACAGUGGCACAAUAUUUCAGGGAAAAGUACAACUUGCAGCUCAAGUACCCCCAUCUGCCCUGCCUGCAAGUGGGACAGGAGCAGAAACACACAUACCUGCCUUUAGAGGUGUGCAACAUAGUGGCAGGUCAACGCUGCAUAAAAAAACUGACCGACAACCAAACCUCCACCAUGAUCAAAGCCACAGCCCGCUCCGCACCGGACAGACAAGAGGAGAUCAGCAGACUGGUGCGCAGUGCCAACUACAAUUCAGACCCGUUUGUGCAGGAGUUCCAGUUCCGUGUGCGGGACGAGAUGGCGGAGGUGACGGGUCGAGUUCUGCCCGCCCCCAUGCUGCAGUACGGCGGCAGGGUGAGCUCUGAACACUUUAUGAAUCGUACAGUAGCCACCCCUAGUCAUGGAGUGUGGGACAUGAGAGGCAAGCAGUUUCACACUGGAGUGGAGAUCAAGAUGUGGGCCAUCGCUUGCUUUGCCACUCAGAGACAAUGUAGAGAGGAAGUUCUCAAGGGCUUCACAGACCAGCUGCGGAAGAUCUCCAAGGAUGCAGGGAUGCCCAUUCAGGGCCAGCCGUGUUUCUGCAAAUACGCUCAGGGAGCAGAUAAUGUGGAGCCCAUGUUCCGGCACCUGAAGAACACCUACGCUGGUCUUCAACUCAUCAUCGUCAUUCUGCCUGGAAAAACGCCAGUCUACGCCGAAGUGAAACGUGUUGGAGACACUCUUCUGGGAAUGGCCACUCAGUGCGUUCAGGUGAAGAAUGUGGUAAAGACGUCUCCUCAGACCCUCUCCAACCUCUGUCUGAAGAUCAACGUCAAGCUGGGCGGCAUCAACAACAUCCUGGUGCCCCAUCAGCGGCCUUCAGUUUUCCAACAGCCAGUCAUUUUUCUGGGAGCUGAUGUCACUCAUCCGCCUGCAGGAGAUGGCAAGAAACCCUCCAUUGCAGCUGUGGUGGGUAGCAUGGAUGCUCACCCCAGCAGAUACUGCGCUACCGUCCGUGUCCAGAGGCCCAGACAGGAGGUGAUUCAGGACCUGGCAUCCAUGGUGCGAGAGCUGCUCAUCCAGUUCUACAAGUCUACUCACUACAAACCCACCAGAAUCAUCUUCUACAGGGAUGGAGUGUCUGAGGGGCAGUUCAGACAGGUGCUUUAUUAUGAGCUGCUGGCAAUACGUGAGGCUUGUAUAAGCCUUGAGAAGGAAUAUCAGCCUGGAAUCACCUACAUCGUUGUGCAGAAACGUCACCACACUCGCCUGUUCUGUGCUGACCGCACUGAGAGGGUUGGUCGCAGUGGCAACAUUCCAGCAGGAACCACAGUGGACACCGAUAUCACCCAUCCAUACGAAUUUGACUUUUAUCUUUGCAGUCAUGCUGGAAUACAGGGUACAAGCCGACCUUCACACUACUACGUGCUAUGGGACGACAACUGCUUCACAGCGGAUGAGUUCCAGCUCUUGACGUACCAGCUGUGCCACACAUACGUGCGCUGCACUCGCUCCGUCUCCAUCCCAGCACCAGCCUACUAUGCCCAUCUGGUGGCCUUCAGAGCCCGUUACCAUUUAGUGGAUAAAGAGCAUGACAGCGCGGAAGGCAGCCAUGUGUCGGGUCAGAGUAAUGGUCGAGACCCUCAAGCCCUGGCCAAAGCUGUGCAGAUCCAUCACGACACUCUGAGGACCAUGUACUUUGCCUAGCUCUGCCUCCACAGACCUGUCAAUCACCAGUCAUUGUGCACUUAGAGGAGGAGGAGCUUCUCCCAAUCACAGGCUGCUAAUGAGAACCAAAUGUAACAGAACUUACAGGCGGAACUAGCACAGUUAUGCAAUAGAAAAACAGCCAAUUUUCCAAGCUUACUAAUUGUUUUUAAUACCUAGAUUGCAGCUAUAACAUUAUUUAUUAGAUUUCUAGAUCUGUUUAACUAUUCAUUUUGCAGCCUUAGAUCACAAAACCAAGUUUAAAGAUGAGGUAGAUCAGCGAAUGAGGCAGUGUUAUUUCCCUGUUUUUGUAGAUUUCUCUCAUCCUGCAGAGUUUCACGACUAAUCAGACACACAUGAAGCUGAACGUCAGUUUUAACAACGGCUGCUUAGGAUUAGUGUUUUGUUAACUUUGGAAAUGGAUGUUGAAGGAAUGCCACUAGAGGGCAGUGCAAAUUUUGCUAACAGUUUGCAAUCGUACUGUAGGUCCUCCAUUGUUCCUCUAAACAGUUGAUCGAGUGUUUAUCUUUUACUCGUAGCUAUUGCAAAAUCAUGUUUUACCAGCA